AAAGAGAGAGAGAGAGAGAGAGAGAGAGAGAGAGAGAGAGAGAGAGAGAGAAAAAUAGAGAGACAGAGUUGUGUUAAAACCCUCCCUCUACAGGAGUGUGCCUCUGUCUUUCUACUCCGAGGCGUUCAGCCAUGUAGUGUGGCUGAUGAAACCCCUCCUUCCUCAGCCUCCUCCUCCUCCUCCUCCUCUUCACUUGGCGGAGGAUUCCCUGACUGGCUCUAACCAGGCUGCGUUUAAUUGACGAGUGCCGGGCUGUAGUCGCCGAGCGAGGAGGAUUAAUGAGCUCUGAAAGCUCUGACGUUGACGACAGAAACACAGAGAACUGGAUCUCAGGUGGAGGAGAGAGACAGAGGUGACAUUCAGGUACAGGCGACUGUAUGAGAGAAUGAGUGAGAAAGAGCACUGAGACUCAGAGAGUGAAAGGUGUAAAAAUAGGAGAAGGGGAAGGGAGGUAACGAGAAAAGGAGGAGGAGAGGAGGGGAAGGAAACGGGAAAUAGACAACCAAGUUAGGGAGAGAGACGGGAAGCCUUCAGCAGCAGAUGAGACUGAGGAACGAAACGAGGGAGAGGUAGAGAGAAGGAGAGAGACCGAGGGAGCGAGAGAGCGGGGAGGGAGGUGAAGAAGGGGCCCCCGAGCAGGAGAGAGGGCUGCAGGGUGAAGAAAGAGUGGGAGAAAAGUUGGAAAAGUAAGAAAGGGGUCAGGGGAAAGAAAGGAAAGAGAAAAACAAGUAGAUUAGAGAAAGAGAAACAACAGGAAGACUAAAGGGGGAGGGGCGUCGUAGGUUAAAAAAAGAGGCAAAGCUGAAGAAAAGUGUGUGGGGGGGGGGCGCGUUUGCGGUGGAGUCAGUCGUAGCUAGAUGAGGAAAACAGUUAGAGUGAAUGACUAGGUUGGAGUUAGAGAACAGCAGGGAGGAGAAGGAAACCAGUUGUGUUUUUAAAGGUAUUUUCCACAGCAGUCAGCCUCUACUCCGGACGGACCGUUUUAAUUCUGAAAUGUACUCAGACAGCACACGGACGGGACACUAUGGACUCAUUCAUCAAAACAAUAACGACUACUGCUACUGCCGCCACGGUGUCCAUUACGGACCCACGUUGUUCCAGGGAGGACCAGGGGGAAACAGACCACCACCCAUACGCCCAGACCAUCCAGACCACCCAGCAUUACUGGACCUCAGGGAAGACUUCCAGCUUCCUCCUUUCCCUGUGGAGACCGAGGAUAUAGAGCCUGGACUGGAGAACGGUGAGAGAAGUGGAGGAGGAAGAGGUGGUGGAAGAGGAGAUGGAGGAAGAGGUGGAGGAGGAGGAGGAAGAGGAGGAGGAGGUGGUGGAAGAGGAGAUGGAGGAAGAGGUGGAGGAGGAGGAGGAGGCAGACAAGAAGGUGAAGGUAGAGGAGGUGAAGGCAGAGGAGGAGGUGGAGGAGGAGGCAUUGAAGCUGAAGCUGGUCACACUCACAGGGCCCCACAGAGGAGGCCAGUGUUCACAGGGCAGGGUCAGAAUGCCCAACCUCAGCCAGACCUAUUUAGUCCUAGCCAAACCUAUGACUACAACCCUGCCCAGUGGAGCUGGCCAAUGGAGCCCUCAGGCCCUGGUCUGAGACACUAUUCCCCUGUGAGAGAACAAUGUGGCUGUGUGGGACAGGGUGGAGGAGACGCUGUUGGGACGGCGACCGGGACACACCCCUUCAACAGCAGCAGACAUGCGUCAGCCUUGUCACUCCCGGCGGACCCAGAGCUGGCACACAGACAGACAAGCUACAACUACGAUCCAGAGGGGCGCAGGCAGGCUAGUUAUGGAGCGGAAGAGCAGAUCUGGGGUCAGUCAAAACACAGACAGGCCAGCUGCAGUUACAGUACAGAAGACAAACCGAUACGCAGGCAGGCUAGUUAUGGAGUGGAAGAACAGAUUUGGGGUCAGUCAAAACACAGACAGGCCAGCUGCAGCUACAGUUUGAGGCUAGAAAGACAGACUAGCUACGGUCCACAGGAACUACACAGACAGGCUAGCUACAGCUACAGUCCAGAAGACAAGACAAUACACGGACAGACUAGCUACGGUCCAGAAGAACAGAUCUGGGAUCAGUCGAAACACAGACAGACUAGUUAUAGUCCAGAAGACAAACCGAUACACGGACAGACUAGCUACGGUCUAGAAGACAAGAUCUGGGAUCAGCCGAAACACAGACAGACUAGUUAUAGUCCAGAAGACAAACCGAUACACGGACAGACUAGCUACGGUCUAGAAGACAAGAUCUGGGAUCAGUCGAAACACAGACAGGCUAGUUAUAGUCCAGAAGACAAACCGAUACACGGACAGACUAGCUACGGUCCAGAAGACAAGAUCUGGGAUCAGUCGAAACACAGACAGGCUAGUUAUAGUCCAGAAGACAAGAUCUGCGAUCAGUUGAAACACAGACAGGCUAGCUACAGUUACAGUACAGAAAGGCAGGACUGGAGAUUUACUGCUGGUGGUCAACACGAUCAUUUGGACAGGUGUGUACCACUGGAACAAGGAAAUUUACACUCCCACAUGCCAAAUGGAUACUGUGGCAUUGGUGGUCCAAGUCCCAGGCCUGUGUCCUCUCAGGGCAGGGGAGAUAUAGCUAACCACCAGGAGAGGACUACUAGAUUAAAGGCUGGAGGAGGUGGGAUAGGAGAAGACGGCUGUAAUGGACGACAUGUCCCUGCUGGCUCUCGCUCUGAGAGUUUGGUCAGGAAGAAGCAGAGUUUGGCCUGGAAGAACCAGAGUUUGCUCCAGGAGAAGGAGGGUUUAGUCAAGGAGAAGGAGGGUUCGGUCCCGGAGAACCAGAAUUCGAUCCGGGAGAAUGAGUGUGCUGUCCAUGAGAACCGCGGUUCAACCCAGGAGAACCAGGGUUCGAUCCGGGAGAAGGUGGAUUCAGUCCAGGCGAAGAAGGGUUCGGUCCGGGAAAACCAGGGUUCGAUCCGGGAGAAGGAGGUUUCAGUCCAGGGGAAGGAGGGUUCUGUCUGUGAGCAGAUCAGACAGGUGGUGUCAGACCUGGAGGGGGUCCUGGGUGGUCUCAAACAAGUCCACGUGGAGAUGAAGGAGGUGGUCCAACAGAUAGAUCGUCUGACAGCUAACAUUGACCUGGAAGAGGAAGAAAUUAUACAUUGUAACAAGUCCCCUCAUGACUCUUAA